AUGAACAAAAUACUUAAUAAAUGGGCAGGCGCUUAUGAUAACGCUAAGCGUAUGCAAAAAAGUGGGUGGUCGAAGAAUGAUGUAUUGGCAAAAGCGCAUGAAUUAUAUUUAAGUGGUAAGAAUGGACAUUUAAUUUUAAUGUCAGAAUGGCUCUCUCUCCGUGAUCAACCACGCUAUGGUAGUCAGAUAGGAGGAAAUAGUGGAUUUGUAGGUAGUGGAUCUAAGAGAGCCCACGAGAGUGAUGCAAGUGAUUCCAACUCCAUAGAAUCUAGUGCUUGCCCAAUGGGGAUGGAUGUAGCAAAAAAAGGAGUUGGAACGAUUGGCAAAAUAGCCAUGAGGCAAGAGGAAGCUAACCAAUUGUUGAAAGAAAGUACUGAGGCUAAGAAGAUGAAUAUGUUUAUGAAGCUAAGUUCAAAGGAGCAUCUUGAUGACCGGAGCAAAGAGUUGUUGGAAAAGUUGGGUCGCGGUCUGUUUGGAAAUUAA